GCGAAAGGUCCGCUCUAACGUUUUAACAUGACACAUUAAUACUCCAACAAGUUAUUAGUGAAAUAGAUUAAUAAUCAAGUUUAUCCUGUGGAUAUACUCAAGGAAAUUUAUCCUUCAUCCGGAAAUUUGAGGAAAAUUCAACAGGCACCAUGUCAAAGAACGGAAGCAUAAAGGAAGGAGAAAAGGGCCCGUAUGACCCGGUGGCAACUAGUGAAAAUGCUGAUGGGGGCGGUGAAAUCAAACUGGAGGCGAAAAUGUCACUGAUGAAUGGUGUUACAGUGAUUGUCGGGUCAAUUAUUGGCUCUGGUAUCUUUGUCAGUCCCACUGGGGUCCUUAUGCACACUGGCAGUGUCAAUGUGGCACUCAUGGUCUGGACAGCAUCGGGAAUUUUCUCUAUGGUGGGCGCCUACUGUUACGCCGAACUCGGCUGCAUGAUAAAAAAAUCAGGGGCCGAUUAUGCCUACAUAAUGGAGACCUUCGGUCCCUUCGCAGCAUUCAUAAGACUCUGGGUGGAAUGCAUGAUAGUGAGGCCCUGCAGUCAAGCGAUAGUGGCCCUGACGUUCAGUAUCUACGUCCUGAAGCCAUUCUUCCCGGACUGCACCCCCCCGGACGACGCAGCGCGGCUGCUCGCCGUCGUCUGCAUAUGUACACUGGCCUUCGUCAAUUGCUGGGACGUCAAGUGGGCCACAAGAGUCCAGGAUGUCUUCACAUACGCCAAAUUAUUAGCCCUAUUUGUCAUAAUCGCUGCCGGUGGAUAUCAGUUGUGCAGAGGACACGUUGAACAUUUUACGUUUGAGGGUACCAAUGCCGAGGUGACAUCCAUCGCCCUGAGCUUCUACUCGGGCCUCUUCGCCUACAACGGCUGGAAUUACCUCAAUUUUAUCAUUGAAGAGCUCAAGGAUCCCGUCAGAAAUUUGCCAAAGGCCAUUGCCAUAUCCUGCACCCUCGUAACUAUUGUUUACGUUCUGACUAAUGUCGCAUUUUACACGACUUUGAGCAUUAAAGACGUGUUAUCAAGUGAAGCUGUUGCUGUUACGUUCGCAAAUCGCCUCUUUGGCUUCAUGGCCUGGACAAUUCCCGUGUUCGUGGCUCUGUCGACGUUCGGGGCUGUCAAUGGAAUUCUACUGACUUCAUCUAGGCUUUUUUAUGCGGGGGCUUGCGAGGGUCAGAUGCCUGAAAUACUCACCAUGAUACAGGUGUCCAGACUGACUCCAGCACCUGCUGUUCUCUGCAUGGCGCUGCUGUCGAUGCUCUACCUGACCUCCUCCGACAUAAACGCCCUCAUAAAUUACGUGGGUUUCGCUACCUGGUUGAGCAUAGGCGUGUCUGUGCUGUGUGUACCGUGGCUGAGAUGGGCACAGCCAAAUCUACCCCGACCAAUCAAGGUCAAUCUCGCAUUCCCGAUAUUCUAUAUCCUUGCGACACUUUUUGUUACACUUGUGCCGAUGUACGCGAGUCCUGUGGAAACUGGAUACGGCUGUCUCAUGAUAUUCUCAGCUGUCCCAGUUUACUUUGCGUUCAUUGCGUGGAAGAACAAGCCGAAAUUCUUCGUAAAGGGUGUCGGCGCUGUGACUCAAAUUAUCCAGAAGACAAUGGUUGUCGUUGGACCAAAGACUAAGUAAUGACCACGAGGUUUUUGCAAAAGCUCAUGGUAGUCGUCGGUAAGGCGAAACCCGCUCAGGUGUAAACGGCCUAAGGAAAAACAAAAACAAAAAGAAACAAAAGAACAUAUUGCAACUGAUUACCGGACCUAUUGGCGGACGGCGGUUAUUGAUGCAGUGACUCCGAGAGCUGUGAAAUGAACUAUAUUUUUUUAUUUAUUACCAAGAAAUAUAGAGAACUAAAAUCAUGGCCGUCCGACAACAAGAGGCAGCCAGUUAUUGGAGGAGGACGCGCCAGUCUCAUUAUCGUCAUUAUUUAAUUCAAUUAUUGGGACAUUUUAUUAGGGAAACAAUGGGUCUACGCACACUUGAUCAUUCCACCGCCGUCCACGAUGAAAUAAUAUUCAACGAGGAGUUACAAAAUUGUAAACGCAACUGCCAGAAAUAUCAAGAGUCAUUUUCUCAUUAUUUAGUCUCAUUAAUUUUCCACUUAAGGCAUUUUAGUAAUUUUAGAAUGAAAAUGGACAGACAUCACGACAUAUCCGUAGUUAUAAUUGUGAAAUUUUCCAAUUGGGGAUUUGCAGGACAUUUUCGCAUUCUCGUGGCUUUAAAACGUGGAGUUACCGUGGAUUUACUGCAAUUACGGAGUUGAGAAUAUUGGAUAAUGUGUUUGGAAGAAAAUUAAUUGAGAGGGACAUUGAGGUCAAUUUAGGGGGGAAAUGGUGAAAUUGAAGAUUUCAAUGAAAAUUCAAGCGAAUUCCAUUUUUGGAGUAAUUUUCCAAACUCUAUUCAUUAUUGUGGGAUAAUGGAACUAAAAUUUACAGUUUUCAUCGGUUUUCUCAUCAAAUUGUGAAUUUUUAAUGAUGAAAUUCUUUGAAAUUUCAGCCAAAAAUUUUUGACAGUGACAUUUUGAUAAACUGAAAUACUAUUUCACUAUGAAAAAUCGACGUUUACUUGCAAUUUUCCGAUUUCUAUCAAUUUUCACGAAAUGAUUGAACUAAAAAAUUCCCAGCAUAAAGAUGAAAAUAUUUUUGUUUUCCAAAAAUUUUGAUUCACUGAUAUUUCGAUGAAAUGAGAUACUUUUUACUGAAAAGUAUGCUUUAUUGUACUGCAAAGAGUCCAGACACAAAUCCAUUCAUAAAUUUACUCGUGAGUUGUGAAUAUUAAAAAAAAUAUAUUCUCUCCGUUUUUUUCAAACGCAUAAAUUCCUGCAAAACCCCAACCAUCCCUUAGAGUUUAUACAGGGUAUUCUUUCGAGUGAACCGACCAUUUCAAUAAUUUUCUAAGGAUUUCUUAACUACUCGAUUAAUUUAAAACGUAUAAAUCACUCAUUAAACGCAUUAGCGCACUCUACGUGACAAUAAAGCAUCGACUGACUAAAUUCGAAAGUUCGUUUCUAGAAGAGAAUAAUCUAACGAUUCGCACUUAGACAUCAGCAGGCAUUUUUGUAUGUUAAUUUUUGUAUUACGUUCGCAAAUUAGUUCAUACGAGUGUACUUGAGCCGACCAAGUGAUGGAGCGUGCUAGAAUCUUGCAUUUAUACAUUUUUGCUUGUAAUUAUUUGAACAGAAGCUGCACGUGGCGUUUGGUAGCUUAGGAUCUGAACGCAGGAAAUUAAACGUUGAUGUUUAACCAGAAUAACGAACAGAUUAUUGAACGUUUACUAUUUAAGAGCAAUGAAGAAUUAAAAAAAAAAAAAGAAACUAUACUGUGACAAUAUAACUAUUAUACAUGUUUAAAAAUUCAUGUAAAUACGCGAUGAUGAGUAAUAAUCACUACCUCAUUGUCCGAGCUGCCUUUCGGUCGUUGAAACGAGGAAAAAAAAUCGAAGGCCGGUGAAUUUCAUUGAAAUGACUUCUCGGAAAUACGGGGAGAGCGCAUAAAUGCCUUCGUUGCGGUGGGAAAUUUAAUGUUAAUGACUAAAACCUGUGUUAUUGAUGUUGAAGAACAUUGACUGGAGUCUUCCCGUUCAGAAAUGUUGAAGAAAUAUCACAACGAUCGAUUGAUGUGGGCCAUGAAAAUUCAACUCCGUAAUUACCUGAACUUGAGAUCAUUGUUGAAAUUACAUCAAUAUUAUAUUUAUGAAAUAAAUCAAUUUUUCCUCUGA